AUCAACAUUCGACUCAUGCCUCCCGCGCCCUCCCUCCCUCCCUCCCCUAAUUUGCAUUUUCUUUUCCAUCGAAGGAGGCAGAGCCACUGCGCCACAGAGACAGGGAGAGUCACCAUCUCCGCUCCACCACUGGGCCACCGUCGCCACCAUCACCGUCUCCACUCCACCACUGGGCCACCGUCGCCCUUUCGCCGCUCCGCCACUGGUCCACCAUUGGCCUUUUGCUUUGUGAAGAAAUACAUUCAGCCAUUCAUCUCAAGCAUGAUUGCACUGGAAGCUGGCCUAGUUCUUCAAGUCGCCAAAGAUGCCAGUGGGAGCCAUAUUCUUGAGUCCUUUAUUUCUUCAAAUGUUUCUGUGAAGCAGAAGUACAAACUGUACUAGUGCACGUGGCAGUAUGCGCAAGCACUUAACACCCAAUUGAUGUGCCCAUGUAACCAUGCUCACAUUUAUCUUUGUGACUGUACUAGAGCAUCUUCAUGUUUGGCUUCUGAAUCAUUUUUCAGUGAUGGUUUACUGUUUCUGUCAUCACCAUUCGUUUCUCUAACUUCUCAUGUUGAUUUUAGUAUGUUGUCUGUUUGAGUGCCUUUUCUCUAUUGUCUAAUGAAUAUUUUUUGGAAUGGA